CGAUAGAAUCGCCAGUGAAAACUCCGCGGCGCGAAAUGAGAGCUCGUUAGUCGCGUAUGGCGCUUCGGUGGAACACCGAGCGGCGUUCUUUUCCGAGAUAUUCCGAGGCCGCGAAGCGAUCGUCUCGCGCGAAGUGACGGAUCGAUCGACGCUGAGAGUCCUCGACGAUGAUCGGAUCGGGUGCAGCGCGGUCUCUCUGACGAAUUUCCCGCGGAAAUCAGCAUCUUGACGGGCGUCGCUCUUUGAUCAAAGUCAGCUCUCCGGGCCUUUCGGUGGCUUUUUUGAUGCCGAUCGCAGAGCGAUCUGCUCGCAAGUAGCUCGCGAAGCGCAGGGUUCAAGAGUUAGGGUCGCUUGGACGUCGCCAAUGAAUGGUCACGGAGGAUUCCAGCCAGCGAGAGGACAUGCUUGAGACCGAACGGAGGACCGCGAUCAGUAUAUCACAGCUCGGACUUUAUUCUGAUCACAGCGAUCGAGAGACCAGGAGCCGGUACGGCCUCAUCACCAGGAAAUUCGCUAUCGGAGUUAUGGUCGUGGGUGCAGUGGUAUUGGUCGGUAUAUUUCUGUACGACUUCGCAUCCGCUACAGCCGUGAACAGCAAGGUGAACCAGGAGUCGAAGCACAUGUACAUCCUGCAGCAUGCCUUGAGGAAGCCGACCAACGCGACGAGGAAAUUCGUGAACGGAUCGGCGACGAAUCGCUCCGUGCUCGGACAUCCGGUUUCCCUCCAGGAUCGGUCCGACAAUGGAAACAACAUGUUCCCGUACGCCGGCGUCGGCAACAACGAACUACCGGACGCCGAGCUGCGCACGCAGAAUCUGAACAACUACAAAUUACGGAAAAGAGUGCUGAAGUCCGUGGAGGGUAACGGCGACGCGUCGCCCGCGGAGGGCAAACAGUUGUUCGACAAUCACGCGGCUGUCUACCGCGUGAGACAAAGACACAGGUAUCCAAGCUCGAUCGACGAUGACGAGAGCUCCGAGGAGAGCCGGCCGACGCCGUUCCAUUGGGAGCUGAAGUCCCAGCAGCCGACGGCCUUCAAGCGUCUGAAGUAUCCUCAGCUGACGCAAUACCGGUAUCCGCACGCGUCGCGGAGCAUACAGGACAUCAUAAAGUACCUGACGAACGAGGCCGAGCUGCCGAACAGAGGCAUCAAGUUCACCGGUGUUUACGUGAACCCGAAGAAGUACGACAUGACGUCGGACAUCGGCGAGAUGAUGUCCAACAGCGAUCGGUCCGAGGAGGAGGACGGCUAUCCGUACUCGAACGAGGAUCCCUUCUAUCAGUACAAACCGAAGCAUCCGGGGGACGUCAAUCUGUUGGCCACGUCCAAUGUCAGAUUCGCUCCAACUGGGUUGCAGCGGUACAAUCCAUACUACGACCCCUACAACAGGCCGGUGACCUACGCGGCGCAGCCCCUGCCAGCGACUGAUCAGCAAUACGAGAACGUGGCUGCCUACAAUCCGGCGAAACGUCGCAAACCGAAACCGUUCAGCGUGAUGUUGGAUAUCUAUCCGAUCACCGACGUCCUGGAGCAGAGCAAGAAGAACACCAGACCGAAACAGGUCCCUGCAGACGAUUACGAUAUCAGGCGACCGUUUCAGUCUAACAGGGUGCCUAAGUUCUACGCGCCGGUGCCGCCGCAACAGAUGCUCGCGGUGCCUAAUCAGCCGCUGACUGACGAAGAGGAGAGGCAGCAGAUGAUCUUCCACUUGAACUUGUACCCGAAAAGGAAGAACAAGAUGUCCAGACACGACAUAAUUCAUCGGUCACAGUCGAUGGACCCAGAGGACCAGCAGCAGUUCGUAAACAAGGUGUGGACGCCAAUCGAGACGAUCGCCAAGCACUUGGCGGUGGCGCGAUCGAAACACGUGGAGAACGAGAGUCCGUCGGGGUUCGUCGCGUCGCGUUACCAGGAAACCGUUCUCGACGGCAAAGAGGAGACGAAGAAUGCGAGCACCGACGAUUCCGAGAAACCGGUAACUGUCCCGGCAAACCAUAAAUCGAGCGUCGAAGAGGACUACGCGAGCACUGAGAAGUAUGAAUACGAAGCGAUGAAGAUCGUCGGCACCACUGUCGAAAAUGAAGUCGAGGAUGUUACCACUGUCAUACCGGAGACGACGACCGUGAAGGAGGUUAAGAGCGAGGACGUUACCAAGGACCUAGACACCGUCGAGGGAUUCAAACGGUUCGCUGAGACCGUGUCCGUAAAUUAAGAUGAAAGUUUUGCCACCUUGAAAAAGCCUAGAAGACUGAAUCUCGAGAUUAGGAUAUUU